AGGACAGGCUUAAGUAGGGUUAGAGGGAGGUGCUUUUAGGUUAAGCUCAGUGUACCGAGCAGAGGGAGUCUAUUUAAAGGGCACCACCCUCCCUCUCUUGAAUGAUUGAACAACAUUUGCCCCUCCCCCCAUUGCUCAUCAAGAUCAGCUGGAGGAAGUGGUGGCUCAGCCAAUGGGAUUACAGUAGCAGAUUGACUCUGUGUGUGUGUGUGUGUAUGUGUGUGUGUGUGUGAGAGAGGGAGAGGGCGAGCAAGCCCGGACAAGCCAGCAGCAGCAGCAGCGUCGGUAGCAGCUCAGCCUCUGUGUUUGUAUAUGCGUGUGUGUGUUUGUGUGUGUGUGUCUGUUUAAAGAAAUGUAGGGCAGCCACUUGUUCUCCCUCCCUCUGACGUCUCUCUCUCUAUCUUUUCCUGUGUCUGUCUUUGUUUCUGCGCUCUGCUGAGGUAGCUCCAGUCGCCACGGCGACGGCUGACAUUGUUACUUCCGCAUUGGCUCAGCUGUCUCUCCCUCUCGGUGUCUCUCUCUCUCGUGUCUCUCUCUCGGUCUCAGCUCACCUCAGGGAUUUAUAGAGGGGGCAUGCAACCUCCCUGAACAACCAUUGUCAGUGUGAGAGGGUGAGUGUGUGCGCGCGUGAGUGUGUGGGUGGAUGAGUGUGUGUGACUAAGGGUGAGGUGACUCCAGGAUCCAGACAUGAAUUCCUGUUGGAAGAUGAAGAUUCAGAAUGAAAAGCCUCUGGGUCCUUCAGCAAGCCGGUCCAGCAAUAUAUCAAAGGCUGGAAGCCCGACUUCAGUCAACGCUCCGUGCAGUUUCUCGAGGACGUCAGUUUCCCCGUCUAGCCAGGACAUCUGCAGUCAGGAUCAGGACACUCAGAAGCAGACAGCAGUGGUUCUUUUGAGUUCUAAGGGUAAAACUUGUCAGGGUUCAGGAGAUGUUUCAGUGACCACCCUCUGCACAGAUGUCCUACCUGCUUCCAAACACGCCAAACAGCGAGACUGGCUCUCUCUGCUGCGUCCGUCCUCCGUCAGCAUCCGUUCCAACAACUCGCUCAGGUUUUCGGUGUCUCUGAAUGACGUCGGCCAGCGUGUGGACAGUCUUUGCCGAGGUCUGCAGUUUAUAGAUCGCACGUGCUCUGAGGGAGAGUUGGAGCUGAAGCUCGAGCCCGCUCAGCCUCCUGGCUUGGAUCGAAGGGCUAACACACUCAACUGCAAGCUGGCUGCAACACCCACACAACAGAUCCCAAAUCCUGGCUUCUCAACGCGCACCCAGCCCCACCUCGUUCCCUCCUUCACCAACAACUACAAGUACAUGUUGGGCAUAGCGCCUGCCAGUUGCCUCCCAACUGAUCACGGUGUCCUCACCGCUCCUCAUUCCAACACCCACCACCACCCCCAUAACUCCCCAAGCUCCAAUUUUCUUCGUCUCCUCCUUCCCUUCUCUCGAUCCUCUACAUCAGCCAGCCUGCAAUGCUCAGACCUGGGCAGCUACGCCUCCCACCUCCACAUCAAGUCCUCCAGUGCCCUGCUGGAAGGUAGCGAGUCAGGCUUGCCCUCUGAGGAUUUAGUGGGAGAUGAUGAUGUGUUUGAGGAAGACCAGCCCAGUCCUACUUCAAAAGAAACGGGCCAACCAGCAUCUCCAAAAAUGGUGACAGUGGCUAGGUCAGUUGGACUUCUAGCUCCAGUGUGCUAUAUGGAAGGAGACAGCGAUCUGGACUGCUGUCCAUCCCCUUUGUCAGAGAAAACGGGGCCACUGUCACCCUAUUCUCUAUCCGGGGACUGCUGCAGGAUUUGUCACUGCGAAGGGGAUGACGAGAGCCCUCUGAUCACACCAUGCCACUGCACAGGGAGCUUGCGCUUUGUCCACCAGUCCUGUCUACAGCAGUGGAUCAAGAGCUCUGACACUCGUUGCUGUGAGCUGUGUAAAUACGAGUUCAUCAUGGAGACUAAACUCAAACCACUGCGCAAGUGGGAGAAACUACAGAUGACAGCGAGCGAGAGAAGGAAGAUCAUGUGUUCAGUCACCUUCCACAUCAUCGCCAUCACCUGUGUGGUGUGGUCCCUCUACGUUCUCAUCGACAGAACAGCAGAGGAAAUCAAAUCAGCCGGAAGAGUCCCAGGAAUCCUGGAAUGGCCUUUCUGGACCAAGCUUGUGGUGGUGGCCAUUGGAUUUACAGGUGGACUGGUUUUCAUGUACGUCCAGUGCAAAGUCUACAUCCAUCUAUGGAGGAGACUCAAGGCGUAUAACCGGGUCAUAUAUGUGCAAAACCGUCCAGAGACAUAUAAAAAGUAUCCACUGGAGAAGCCCCCCCUAAUGGAGCCGAGUCUGGAGAACAAAGAGGCUCUGGCCCCCAAUCUGUCAGACACAAACUCCUCCCAGUACACAGAAACAGAGGACUACAGUAUGGAGGUGCUUCAUGUCUGACACCAGAGUCUGUGCCAUUGGUUGUCGUGCACAUACUCCACACCCAAACAGGCCCGCAGAGGAGAGGAACAGUCGUGAUCGGUCACUGAGGAACAACCGUACCCUUUUCCCUGAAGCCACAAUGACCCACGUCCUCCACUAUCACCUUAUACUCCCUAAACUCCAUCCACAAAGACAGAGAGGCCAUGAGUUUCCCUCUGCCUACAUUCCUCCUAUCACACUGUAUUCCUCCCUCCACCUGCAUCUUUUCCUUUCCCAGGAACAGACUCUUUACACUGACUUCUGUAAAUGUUGGAAGAGGCCUGGUGCAAACCACUCUGUAUACACACACACACACACACAGACUCUUUAAUGUACACCUCCGGGAGAGCUGGACUGAAAAGAAUGGACUUGCAAAAGGCUCUGGAGGUCUACACGUCCCCGAUGUGUGGUUUGUUUGUGGGUUUUGAUCAAUCUGUUCAUUUUUUUACCUCCUGUGAGUGUCGGGCUAACCUGCCGUGGAUCAGUAUGUAGCGCCAUGCAUCAAGAUCUCUGGAACAUUCCAGAUACUGCCAUCUCUGCGGUCUGUCAGCUCCACGCCGGUCUGGAUCCAGCGAGACCUGGAUCCGAAGAUGCAUCAAAGCACUUUUUAUUUUUUAGUCCCCAAAGCACAUCCCACACCUUCUUCUCAUUGCCCCCUCUUUUUUUUUUCCUUGUAUCUUGUAUGUUGUAAAUGGGGGAGAGCAAACAAACUUUUCUUCAAGUGCAACAUAUGCUUAAAGAUUAACCCUCCUGUGGAUGACUAAAAGGAUUUCGGGUUAAAAAAAAAAAAAAAAGAGUCAUUUGAAUGACGUCAGUUGCAUAACUUUGAUUCAGAUGAUGGAAAAUCUAGCCACUUGACUUCUGUACCCCAUCGUGAACUUUCUGAAGGCUUUGAGAAUGUAAUCUUUUUAAAAAUGAUUUCAAAAAAUUUAUAAAAUGUAAUAAAAAAAAUCAUUUUUUUACUGGUCACGGGAAAUUGCGCUUUGUCUCGAUCAUAAUGAGGCCCUUCGGGCAUAAACAACGUCGCGCUUGUGUUUUGUUUUCUUUGUUUGUUUUUUUUAAAUCAUGCGAAUGACAAGGUAUUUACAGUGUGCUGUUUUUAACAUGUUAAUUCGCUUGCUUAGCCAUGGGACAAGCCUCGAGGAAUCCACAGCUGCCUACUUUCAGUUUGUCCAUUGAACUUUAACCAAAAGUUUUAACUAAAAAAAAGAAACAUGCGUUUAGCUCCAACCUACCCUGUUUUUUUUUUUUUUUGCACAUUUACAAUCCAGCCACACUUAAUUUUUUACUUACCUAAGCAAGAUUAAGGUGGAAGCGUGAAAGGAUUUUUAGUGAGCAUUUUAGAUGAGUACUCGGUUUAAGCGUAUUUUAUUUGUUUUCGCUCUCUUACAUGUUGGUGUACUUUAGUAUUCGAUCACAAGACAGCCAACUGAUUUCCGGCUUAAAAAACACUUUUUUGCCACGUUUACUCCACAGUUAAGCAUUAAGAAUGACUUUAAAGUCAGUGUAACAUUUCACUGCUGCUCAUUACGUUCAGAAACACUUAGUUUCUUUUAAUAAAAUCAAUGCAAUACAGCCGCUUAUUUAUGGCUGUGACAGAGUCGAUGUGCAUCAUUGCUUUUUGAGGAGCUGACUGUGCCGCCACCUGCUGGUGUUAAAGUGAAGGUGCAGCCUGGGAUGGGCAGCGGUUGAUUUCUCAGGUCGAAGUGGGUGUUUUUUUGGGGGGGGGGGCUCACAGUCAUUGUAAGUGCGUUUGUCUAUGUGAGAGCACAGCAAUGCCCAGGCUCAUGUUGAGCCUUACAGCCAUUCCAGCAACACACACAUUUUUCAAAAACUGUAUUUGAUACCAGUAUACUGUCUGUGAACAAUGAUGGUCCAACAACGUACCUGACAAUUACUGCUCAGCAGCAGCAAUAAAGCGCUUUGGGGUUUU